UAUCGCCAAGCAGCAGCGGGAACUUAGUUCCCUUAUCUAGGGCGGCCAGGAGGACGGCUGUCUGAAGGGCACAGGGAAAUCAGAGGCGGGGUACAGGGAAGCGGGAGGAGGAAACAACUUCCUAGUUCCUCUCAGAGGCUUAAGAAACACUCAAGGGUCUGGGGGAGCUUUCAAGUUGCUUUAUUUCGGGGAGUCCCCGAGAACUGUGACUGGUGAGGUAGAGCUACCAGGGGGAUAAAGAGUGGUUUCUUUUGCCCUUAACGGUCAGGACCGUCUGUUCCAAAGGAAGCUGGUCUCUCAACUGUCCCGGGCCAUUCCCACAGCAACUCAGAUGGUGGGUCAGGAGGCUGUGCCCUUCUCCGCAGAAACUGGGUCAAGUGGGCAGCCUGAAGAUGGCUAAUCACACGUCCACAGAGGAUGACUAUGAUGUCCUCAUAGAGGACGAUCUGAAGAACAACGAGAUAGAACAAUGCGACCAAUAUGACAACAAGAUUCUCUCAACCCAGCUGGUGCCACCCCUCUACACGAUGGUGUUCAUACUUGGUCUCCUGGACAAUCUCUUGGCUGUGCUUAUCCUGGUAAAACAUAAAGGACUCAAAAAAGUGGGAAAUAUCUAUUUCCUAAACUUGGCACUUUCUAAUUUGUGUUUCUUGGUCACCCUGCUGUUCUGGGCUCACUCUGCUGCCCGUGGGGGGAUUCUCGGCGAUCCCAUGUGUCAAAUUCUUGUUGCGCUCUCCUCUGUAGGCCUAUACAGUGAGGCGUUUUUCAAUGUCCUUCUGACUGUGCAAAGGUACCUGGUGUUUUUUGAUGUGGAGACCCUUUCCUUGGUGCCCUGUGGCAUCAUCACAAGUAUCCUGGCAUGGAUAACAGCCGUUCUGGUCUCUUUGCCAGAAUUCAUGUUUUACAAACCUCAGAUGGAAAGCCAGAAAUACAAGUGUUUCUUUAGCAAACCUCAUUUCCUGCCAGCUGAUGAGACCUUCUGGAAUCAGUUUCUGACCUUGAAGAUGAACAUUUUGGGACUUCUUUUCCCACUGUUUGUUUUUAUAUUUUGCUACGUGCGAAUGAGAAAGACACUAAGGUUUGGGGUGAGCAACUAUGACAUUUACAAGCUUGUUUUUGCCGUAAUGGUUGUUUUCCUUCUGAUGUGGGGACCCUACAAUGUUGCGCUUUUCCUGUCUGCUUUCAAAGAAUACUUCUCCCUGCAAGGCUGCAGGAGCAGCUACAACCUGGACAGAAGUGUUCAGAUCGUGAAAAUCAUCGCCACCACCCACUGCUGUGUCAACCCGCUCCUCUACGUGUUUCUUGACAAGGAAUUUAGGAGACAUCUCUGCCACCUUUGCUAUUGGUGUAAUAACACUCCACUGCAACCCACUAAGAGACCCACACAACAUACACAACAGCACAGGGAAGAAGAGGACCCAUCUACUGAAGUGUAAACUAGCCUCCAUCAGAGGAAGGAUAAAUGAACAUCGAUUUUUGUCUCGUU